UGUCCGCGCAGCGCGCACUGGUGAAGCUCGUGUGGGGAGCUCGCGAACACGCAAGACCAGAGCAUCAGGAUCAUACGCGCAGGAAAAACACCAGAAUGUGACUGGAGUGUAAAGGAUGAAGGAUGCGUUCGCUGGAAAAGGUCACACGAAUUGCAUGAAGAGCGGUGGAACGAAAUCUGAACACAGCUGCCACGGAUUACCACUGACACACACGCAUCACGGCUUUUUUUUAGGGAACAGGAAUGCCAGGAAUGGGGGAUUUGAUAUUUCACCAAAGCAGGAGAGUGGAUCUGACGAGAACACUGGACAGUGAAUGAGGAUUUUUCCGUAGGGGACCAGAGAGCGUGUAUGUGUUUUUCUUCAAUGACAGGAGUAAUCCGGCUGAGUUUGAGGGUCUGAAGGCAGGAGACACUUGCUGGAGGAGUUUCUCGGCGUACAUCGGCACCAAGCAGCAGCGGCCAUUUUCACGGACCAUGUGGUUAGCGGUGCGCAAAAACCGGCUCGUUUUGCACCAGCAGGACUGCUGCCGUGGCAGGGCUCACAACGUGUCUCUGUGGAUAUGGAUUUUUUGUUGGUGUGUGACGCUCGUCAGGGGACAAAGCUACCACCCCACCGUGAAUACGCAGUAUGGGAAAUUACGAGGUGCACGGGUUCCUCUGCCCAGCGAGAUCCUGGGACCAGUGGACCAGUACCUUGGCGUGCCAUACGCCGCCCCACCGGUGGGGGAGAAACGUUUCCUUCCCCCUGAGCAACCCUUGUCUUGGUCAGGGAUGAAAAACGCCACUCAUUUCGCGCCGGUGUGCCCGCAAAACAUUCACAACGCCGUUCCAGAGAUCAUGAUGCCAAUCUGGUUCACCUUUAACUUGGAUAUAGUUGCCACUUAUAUUCAAGAUCAAAACGAGGAUUGUUUGUAUCUAAACAUCUAUGUUCCAACAGAAGAUGUCAAAAGAAUAUCCAAGGAAUGUGCCAGAAAACCCAACAAGAAAAUAUGUAAAAAAGGAGGUAUGUAAGCAAGCCAACAUUGGAGCAAUAUACAGAGAAGUGAGCGACUGGUACGUCCUCUCUCGUACCAACGGGAUUUCUCCGUCA